AUGGCUUCAUUGAAGACAGUCGUUCACAGAGGGCAGUGGCUCGGCCUGGUUCUUUGUCUCUUUGCGCUGAGGUCCGUGUCUGGACAGGCUCGUUACUCCGUUCCUGAGGAGCAGGCGGAGGGAUCUUUCGUUGGAAAUAUUGCUGGAGAUUUGGGAAUAGAUCUAAAAAGGCUGGUCUCGGGGAACGCUCGCAUUGUGUCAAAAGAAAGUCGACAAUAUGUGGAUUUAAAUCGAGACAAAGGCAUCCUUGUUGUUAAAGAGCGAAUCGACCGAGAGGAGCUGUGUGAGAAAACAACGCCCUGCAGUUUUAGUUUUGAGGUGAUUCUGGAGAAUCCAAUUCAGCUGUAUCGAGUCACUGUGGAGGUAACAGAUGUGAACGACAAUACUCCAGCGUUUGCCAAAGACAUAAUACAAUUGAAUAUAGUUGAAACUGCUGCACAGGGCACACGGUUUGCGUUGGAACGAGCCGAUGAUCUAGAUGUAAAUAUUAAUGAUAUUCAAAAGUACACACUAAAACCUAAUGAUCAUUUUAAAUUGGAAACACAGCGCCAGUCUGACGGGAGUCAGUUUGUGGAGAUUGUUUUGGAAACGCCUUUAGAUCGAGAGGAAAAUGAGGAGCACACUCUGAUUUUGGUUGCUUCAGAUGGAGGCGCACCUCAGAGAUCAGGAACAGCACGUAUUCACAUCACUGUGCUGGAUAUAAAUGAUAAUGCACCAGUCUGUAGUAAACAGAUUUAUAAAGCUGAGGUUCAGGAAAACUCUGCACUUGGCACUGUGGUCACCACCGUCAGCGCCAAUGACGCAGAUAAAGGGAUAAAUGGUGAAGUUACGUAUUCAUUUGCUCACGUCAGUAAAGAGGCCAAGCAGCUGUUUGAUGUAAAUGCCAAAACAGGUGAAAUUACAGUCACAGGUAAAUUAGAUUAUGAAAAAUCACAGUCCCAUCAAUUAAACAUCCGUGCCAGUGAUCACGGAGGCUAUUCAGACACAUGCAAAGUUAUUAUCCAAGUAACUGACGUGAAUGAUAACUCGCCUGUUAUUCAGCUCAUGUCAUUUUCAAGCACAAUCUCUGAAGAUGCUCCUCCAGGCACAACUUUAGCUGUGAUUAAUGUUCAUGACGAUGACUCCGAGAGAAACGGUGUAGUAGAAUGUUCUAUUAGUUCUGAUUUACCUUUUAAAAUUGAAUCUUCCUUGUCUGGUUAUUAUACAAUAGUCACUGAUGACGUGUUAGACAGAGAGAGUGUCUCAGAAUAUAAUAUUACUCUAUCAGUGACUGACCAAGGCUCCCCGCCGCUUUCAAACAGAAAAACUAUUCAGGUCAAAGUUUCAGACGUCAAUGACAACUCCCCAAAGUUUGACGAAUCAGAAUAUAGUAGAACAAUACCUGAGAAUAACUCACCUGGGUUUUCUAUAUUCACUGUACGUGCGACUGAUGCAGACUGGGGUCAGAACGCGCGGGUUUCAUACUUCCUGGAGGAAAUGGAAAUUAAUGGUGCGUCUCUGUCUUCUUUGGUGUCCGUGAAUUCAGAAAGUGGCGUGAUUUCUGCAGCAAAAUCCUUUGAUUAUGAGCAAAUAAAGAAGUUUAACUUCAACGUAACAGCUCGUGAUGCUGGCUCUCCUCCUCUGAGCUCAGUGGUGCCAGUUAAGCUCCUGGUUCAGGACCAGAACGACAAUGCCCCUCAGGUGCUGUACCCAGUCCAGACUGGGGGCUCUCUGGUGGCUGAGAUGGUGCCUCGUUCAGCAGAUGUGGGCUAUCUGGUCACUAAAGUGGUGGCUGUGGAUGUGGACUCUGGACAAAAUGCCUGGCUCUCCUAUAAACUGCAGAAAGCCGCAGACAGGGCGCUGUUUGAAGUGGGCUCACAGAAUGGAGAAAUAAGAACUAUCCGCCAAGUGACUGAUAAAGAUGCAGUCAAACAGAGACUGACUGUUAUAGUGGAGGACAACGGGCAGCCCUCUCGUUCAGCUACAGUCAUUGUUAACGUGGCGGUGGCGGACAGCUUUCCUGAAGUACUGUCUGAGUUCACUGACUUUACGCACGACAAGGAGUACAAUGACAACCUGACUUUUUACUUAGUGCUGGCUCUGGCUGUAGUCUCCUUUCUGUUCAUCACGUGUGUAGUGGUCAUUAUAUCAGUGAAAAUCUACAGAUGGAGACAGUCUCGCAUCCUGUAUCACUCCAAUCUGCCAGUGAUCCCAUAUUAUCCUCCACGUUACUCAGACACUCUGGGCACAGGGACCCUCCCACACGUGUACAAUUACGACACGUGCAGGACCACAGACUCCAGAAAGAGUGACAUUAAAUACAUGCAGCCGAUGAGUCAAAGUUUGGUCAGUGUUGAUGACGUCGGGACUGAUUCUGCGCAGAAUGGACAUCAGAGAUCAUCGAACUCUACACUGUCUUUUUUCAUCAUGGCAUUUGGACUAUUUAAACGUGUUACAUCAUUAGAGGCAUGUUUCGUUCCAUCUAUACAGGCUGUGUCGUCGUGUAUUUUCUUGAUGUUAUUUUUGAUUCAAGUCGAUGCACAGAUCCGCUACUCAAUCCCAGAGGAGAUGAGGAAGGGCUCUCUUAUUGGUAACGUCGCACAGGACUUGGGUUUGGACAUAAAAAGGCUUCGUUCAGGCCGCGCUCGUAUCGUGACGGGAGAAAAUGUUCAGUACGCCGAGCUGAAGACAGACAAAGGGACUCUGGUGGUGAAUGAGAGGAUAGACAGAGAGCAGCUCUGUGGAGACGUGACGCCCUGCAGCUUCACCUUUGAGAUUUUACUGGAAAACCCGAUGGAGUUACACCCCGUGACUAUAGAGGUGCUGGAUGUAAACGACAAUGCGCCCAGUUUUGAGAGUAAACAAUUGGAUUUUGAAAUCAGCGAAUUAGCAACAAUUGGAUCGCGCUUUGAUUUGGAGGCUGCAGGUGAUUCUGAUGUAGGAGAAAAUGGAUUGCAAAACUAUGUAUUGACUCCAAAUGACAAUUUUGUUUUGAAAGAGCAGGUUAAAGCCGACGGGAGUAAAUACAUUCAAAUGGUGCUACAGAAUGCUUUAGACAGAGAGAAAAUGCCGCGACUUAAUCUCAAAUUAGUGGCUGUUGAUGGCGGAAGUCCUCAGAGAUCUGGUACAGUAAAUAUAAAUAUAGUCGUUUUAGAUAUAAAUGACAACGCCCCUGUGUUUAAUCAGAGCAUUUAUAAAGCUAUUAUGACUGAAAACUCACCAAAGGGGACUCUUAUUGUCACAGUAAAUGCCAGUGAUGUAGAUGAUGCAGCAAACGGCCAGGUGACAUACUCCUUUUCAAAAUCUAAAUCAUCGGUCGCAGAUUUCUUUGAUAUAAAUCGAGACACUGGCGAAAUUUAUGUGACGAAAGAAAUUGAUUAUGAAACGGACAAGAAAGUGGAGUUCAGAGUAGAGGCCAGAGACCAAGGAGGACUGACGGAUACAUGUGAAGUGGAAAUACAUAUUAUUGACGUAAACGACAAUGCGCCUGUUAUUAACUUGAUGUCAUUCACUAGUCCUGUGUCAGAGGACGUGACAGUGGGCACCACCAUCGGUAUAAUUAAUGUUAAAGACUUUGAUUCAGGUGAGAACGGACAGGUAAGAUGUUCAGUGGAAGGAAGUGCCCCUGUUGAAAUCAAAUCUAAUGUUAGAAAUUACUACGCGCUGGUAACCAAUGCACCUUUAGACAGAGAGAGUGUAUCAGAAUUUAACCUCACAAUAGUUGUCUCGGAUCUGGGAAAGCCUCCACUCUCAGUUAAUAAAACACUGAAAUUAAAGCUUUCAGAUGUGAAUGAUAACCCCCCAGUGUUCACACGUGCCAAAUAUAGCGCGACAAUAAUGGAGAAUAACUCUCCUGGUUAUUCUGUAAUAAAUGUAGUUGCAAAAGACGCGGAUGAAAACCAGAACGCGCGUAUGUCAUAUAUUUUAGAGGAGUGUGACAUCGGUGGGUCUCCUGUUUCUGGUUAUAUCUCUGUAAAUUCAGAAAACGGACGUAUUAGUGCCGCGCGCUCUUUUGACUAUGAACAAACUAAAGAGUUUGUGUGCGUAAUCAAAGCGCAGGACGGAGGCUCUCCUCCUCUCAGCAGCAACGUGACUGUGAAAAUCCUGGUUCAGGACCAGAACGACAACGCCCCUCAGGUGCUGUACCCAGUCCAGACUGGGGGCUCUCUGGUGGCUGAGAUGGUGCCUCGUUCAGCAGAUGUGGGCUAUCUGGUCACUAAAGUGGUGGCUGUGGAUGUGGACUCUGGACAGAAUGCCUGGCUCUCCUAUAAACUGCAGAAAGCCGCAGACAGGGCGCUGUUUGAAGUGGGCUCACAGAAUGGAGAAAUAAGAACUAUCCGCCAAGUGACUGAUAAAGAUGCAGUGAAACAGAGACUGACUGUUAUAGUGGAGGACAACGGGCAGCCCUCUCGUUCAGCUACAGUCAUUGUUAACGUGGCGGUGGCGGACAGCUUUCCUGAAGUACUGUCUGAGUUCACUGACUUUACGCACGACAAGGAGUACAAUGACAACCUGACUUUUUACUUAGUGCUGGCUCUGGCUGUAGUCUCCUUUCUGUUCAUCACGUGUGUAGUGGUCAUUAUAUCAGUGAAAAUCUACAGAUGGAGACAGUCUCGCAUCCUGUAUCACUCCAAUCUGCCAGUGAUCCCAUAUUAUCCUCCACGUUACUCAGACACUCUGGGCACAGGGACCCUCCCACACGUGUACAAUUAUGACACGUGCAGGACCACAGACUCCAGAAAGAGUGACAUUAAAUACAUGCAGCCGAUGAGUCAAAGUUUGGUCAGUGUUGAUGACGUCGGGACUGAUUCUGCGCAGAAUGGACAUCAGAGAUCAACUAACUCUACAAUGUCUUAUAAUUGA